AUGGAAAAAACGGAGACAAAAACGAUUACUUUCGCAACUCAGUCAACAAAUUUUGUAAACCUUGACCCCAAGGUGAGCAGCAGUUUUGUGGUGAUGCAAGAGUUGUUGAAGACUGAAAAGCCAACAUCAUCCGAUCAAAAUGAUGAUGACGGAAUCCGGGGUCAUCGUUGCCUCAUCUGCAAGGCUAGAGCUACCGGUUACCACUUCGACGCGCAAUCGUGCUCGGCUUGUGCCGCUUUCUUUCGACGAGCCGUUGCCCUGAACAAGAGCUUUCACUGUAUCACCGGCAAUGGCGAGUGCCAAGUGCAUUACUCAAUGCCUCAAAUUUGUCGAGCUUGUCGCUAUGAGCGGUGUCUUCACUCAGGAAUGAAUCGAAACGUCGUUCAACCGAAAAGGCCAACCACACACGCACGAAGAGCUUUCUCGACGAAAUCUGGACUUAAACGAAAUAAAAGUUUUGCCAACGAUUCACCAAUACAAAUCGAGAUACACACAAAGUUUGAGGGAUUGUCACCGAAAAUCGGCAUUGAAUCCGAGAUUUCACCGCUUUCAGUCAUUUCUGAUUGUCGCUCAAUGCCAAAUCGAGAAAACAUGCAAGAAGAAGAUAAUUCACCGCCCAGCGCUCCACCAGGUCUCCUUCAUCCAAACGCUCGUCUUCCUUUACAGAUCGCUGUGCAAAAUAGCACUGAUGUCUUAGAUGUUUUGAUUCGAGAAGAGAUGAAGCUGGGGGAAAGGCGUCGAAUCAUUUUCUGCGAGCGGCCAGUCGAGCGACUUCUCGGUCAGAAUCCCCAUUGUCCUUACACAGCGGCUGACAUUCGCCCAUUAAGCUUUCGAGAAUUUCGAAAAUCCAUUCGAACGCAUAUCCUUUUCAUUUACGAAUGGCUUCAAGCUUGGCCCGAUUACUCAACUCUCAACAAUUCGGAUAAAGUAUCUUUUCUCCGAAAGUGUGUCCUUUUUCACACGAUUUUGGACCCAGUAUACAUUUCGUUGCAAUGCGGGCUCCCAGACAAAUUUGUGAUGCAAAAUGGUGGCUAUGUUUCAUGUAAAGAGAACUCUGACGAUGGAUGGAGUGAUGAAAAGGAGAUUAGCGGACAAACGAAAAAAAUGAUUUACAAGCCAUUAUUGGAACGAAUUCUGAAUGAAAUCAUUCCACCACUUCAACAAAUUGAGAUCACUUUUGAGGAAUUCGUCGCACUAAAAGCUUUUGUUUCAUUUCAAGGCGCUAUUGAAAAUGUUUCUCAAGAGGGUCGACCAGCGAUGAAGCGACAAUUAGACGCACUCAUUCGAUCCCUUCACAAACACUAUCUCAACAAAGGAGCGCCUGCUGAAGAACGACUUGGCACCAUCAUCUUAUUGUUGUCAUCGAUUUUUUCAACUGGACUCGAAUUCGUCGAAUCGCAUCGAGCAGUCGAAUUCUUUGACCUCUGGCAUCUCGACUCUCUCCUUCGACAACUUCUAAACCUUGACGCAAUCUUUCAACAACAACAUUUCAAUAAUAACAAUGUU